AUGGCGAGUAAUUCAUUAAAAGAAUUAGAUGAACAAUUGGAAGAAUUAGCAAAGUUAAAAUUAAGUUGUGGUAAUAAAAAAGCAGGGCCAGCAGUACCUCCAAAGCCUAAAAAAACUCCAGCAGUUCCUAAAUCAUGUUCAGUUGAUGGUCCAAGCGUUCCAAGUUAUAGUUCUCCAUUAUUAAUAUCAAACAGUGAUAAGAAUGGUCAGGUUUAUUCUAAUUUGCCUCAGGAUGUUGGUGGCACAGGAAUAAAAAAUUCAUCGAAUGUUAUUUAUUCAAAUCUUCCUCAACCUAGCAAACAAUCUAAUUUUAACAAUGCAUCUUCAUAUCCAAACAAUCCAAUUUAUAGCAAUAUUCAAACUUAUAGCAAUGAACCUGUCGAAUAUUCAAAUGUUCCUGGAGAUUUUCCUCCUCCUCCUUCACCAGUGUCAUCAAGUUAUAGUGAAUUGAGAAGAGCAACUUAUCAUGAUAAUCCUUCAAAUCAUUCAAAUUUCAAUGCCGAUUAUGGAGUCUAUGGAACAAGCUCGCAAGCAUCGACAUAUGAAUCAAUUUAUGAACCAAUUUGUCCAAGAUCUCCAUCACAAGCAUCAAAUUAUUCUUUAUAUGCUCCAUAUGUGUCUGGAAGUCAAGGGAAUAAGGAAAAACAAGUAAACGCAUUGACUAAUUUACUCGUGCAAAGCAUGGAUGGUUCUCCAGACGAAGAUAUAUUGGGAGUUUGCGAAAAGUGCAAGGAAUAUGUAAUAAAUGAAGGAAGCGGUUGCGUUGCCAUGGAAAAAGUUUACCACAUAACUUGUUUUACAUGCCAUCAGUGUAAAAUACAACUUCAGGGAAAACCAUUUUUCGCAUUAGAAGGAAAACCAUAUUGCGAACAGGAUUAUUUGAAUACUUUAGAAAAAUGUUCGGUUUGCAUGAAACCAAUUUUAGAUAGAAUAUUAAGAGCAACAGGUAAACCAUAUCAUCCGAAAUGUUUUACUUGCGUCGUUUGUGGCAGGAGUUUAGAUGGUAUACCAUUCACUGUUGAUGCCGUCAAUCAAAUUCAUUGCAUAACGGAUUUUCACAAAAAAUUCGCACCGAGAUGUUGCGUUUGUAAAUUACCAAUAAUGCCGGAACAAGGAGAACAAGAAACGGUUAGAGUCGUAGCACUCGAUAGAAGUUUUCACGUUUCCUGUUAUAAAUGCGAGGAUUGCGGUUUAGUAUUAUCAAGCGAAGCACAAGGAAGGGGUUGUUACCCGUUGGACGAUCACGUACUUUGCAAAUCGUGUAAUGCAAAAAGAAUACAAACUCUAACAUUACCACCUCAAACUACGGAUUUAUAA